ACCCACUCAGUAGGAGCACAUGUCCGCACUGGAUCCAGAUUAUAAAAACAGGAUCCCUUGACAUGAUACAAAUUGGGGAGUACUGUCAUCGAUCAAGUGCCUCUUCUGCGGCCAACUUACAGCCUCACGCUGCUCGCGAAACCAUUAAUGAUGACGCAGCUGAAUCAGGCUUAUCUUGCACCUUAUUCUUUACUUCUCCAAACUUCUCCGACUAUCUCAACGGGAGGACUAAUCCCUCAAACUAAUGGCAGUAAUCUUAAUAUCUCUCAGGAAAUGUUGGGGGAUCUACGUCAUCUCGUGGAAGGUGUGCUGAAGGAUAAAGAACAGCUGAAUGAUCUUUUGGAAACUGAUGGAGAGGAUGUACAAUUGUGGCUUGACGUAUUACAGAUGAUCAUUGAACUUCCUGAUGUUACAGCGGAGCUAAGGUCCUCGAUACUCGACAUGAUGCUUCGCUUCUCCAAGCGUUCAGGCUUGUGUCCGCAACAUCUCAUAGUCGAGAACGUCCGGAUGCUCGGGGACUUUCCCAUUAUUUACGGUGGUUUCGGGGAUGUAUGGAAGGGGAAAAUCGGGGAGCAGGUCGUGCAUUUGAGGGUUUUGAGGACUCAUGUUUCGGAUGGCCCGACGCUUCUGAAGGAAUGCAUGCGAGAAGCAAUUGUCUGGUGGCAGCUCAAACACCCCAAUAUCCUACCAUUCAUGGGUAUGUAUUACCUGGACAAGGCUAGAGAACGGCCGUGCUUGGUUUCUGCGUGGAUGGAACGAGGGAAUCUCGUGCGGUAUUUGAAAGAAAGUCCAAGAGAACAAGUUGAUCACUCAGUAUACAUUGGUAUUCACCGAUCCUUCUACCUUCAUCUCCAAACCAACCCUUCCAUGCUAUAAGUAUAUGAUGUUGCCUCAGGUUUAUCGUAUCUUCAUAUGAUGAACCUCGUUCAUGGGGACCUGAGAGGUGUCAGUAACCACG